AUGACCAGACUAGGAGUGGAUCCCUUGAGUGCUGAAGUACAAGUGGAGGUGGUGCCAGACACCUGCUGUGACCGAUCCACCAAAGUCCAAGGUUAUGAGACAGGUUCAGUGUCCUUCAGUUGUCCGUAUAAGUCUAAGUACCGGAACAACAUGAAGUACAUCUGCAGAGGAAACCAGCCCUCCACAUGUCUGCAGCAGGCUUUAAUCACCUCUGACCACAAACGAAGCAGACAGUUCACACUUACUGAUGAUACAGCGUCAAGGAAAUUCACAGUGACGAUUAAGAGUUUGACCCAAAGGGAUUCUGGUCCGUACCUUUGUGGUGUCCAUAGAAACACUGGCCUGGAUGUUUUCUCUGCUGUUGAGCUGGAAGUCAAAGAUUUACCAAAGAAGACCCCUCUCAUCACUGCGGGACCUGUUAGCCCUACUUCACAAACAACACAGAUCUCUGAGAAACCCACCAAAGUUGUGGCUCUCCUGCUGAGUCUGACGUUUGGCCUUGUCAUGGUUUAUAAAUAUUGCAAAUUACAAGGAGUUGGAGUCGUCAUGAACAGAACCACGUGGAAGGCCACUGAGGCUGAAGAGAUGACGGCUGUUGUUGAUAUUUAUGGCUUUGAAGAUGACCUGUACUCCCACCUGGACUCCUACAAACAGAGCACAUUGUAA